UGAUUGUCUAAUGUAUGGUACGGUCCUAUCCGCAGGUCUGGGUGAACGCAGCCGGAGACAAGAUGCCGGUGUGGUGUCCGCCCACGCCGCCCGCCGGCGACGGCGACGUGUACUGCGAGACCUGGUCGCGCCGCUCUACCGCCGCGGCGCCGCACCCGAGGCGCUGCUGCCGCCCGUGCACCGCCGCGAGCCCCGCGCCGCACGGGACGCGCGCCGCCCGCGUCCCACCGCCCGCGCACCCCCCGCACCGCCCUCGCUGUUCGAGCGCGGCGGCCCGCGGCCCCGUCCGCGCCCGCGCACACGCGCCCGCCGCCGCGCAUGCGCCUCAGCCCGAGUGGUCCCCCGCCGAGGACGCCGCGUUGCGUCGCGCGCUCCGGCUGCAGCGUCUUCCGUCAGAACCGCCGCCUGCGAUCGCGCCCAAUUGGGAGUGGGUCGCCGAGCUCGUGGGCGAGGCGGCGCGCGCGGUCGGCGCGCAGUGUGUCGCGACCGCACGACGCGCUCGCCGACCCCGAGCGGGCGCGCGCCGACACCGACGACCGCCUGCCGCCCGUCGCCGCCUUGACGACGAGCGUCCGCGCCCGCCGCUGCACCGGCUCGACGCGGUACGCGACGCAGCCGAACGCCGUCGCGCUGCGCCCAAACGACGAGUCGACGAUCCUCCGCACCGCAAUCCUAAACACGCACAACUACUCGCCGAUCACGGGAUCGACUACGAUGUGCCGCCGACACCAGUCGAGGUGGCCGCGCGCCGGGCGGAUCGUAUUGCACGUGAAAAACUUAAGGCGGCAGCGCCACAAGCGUCGACGACGGCGUCGGCGGUUCCCGCGGCUUCGGCGACGCCCGCGCCGGUGCCAGUGUCGGUGUCGCAGCGCGUGCUGGUGGCGGCACACAGCGGCGCAGGUGGCAAGCCGGACGCACGGCGCCUGCGCGCGGCUACGUCGGAGACACCACGCGCGACCAUCGCGGGCGCCACCGCGACCUCCGCGCCCACCGCGCAACUGCUUUAUAGACAACAAGCUUUUACGGCGCGACAUUUAAAAAUCCUUCAUCAGACUGUGGCGCCUUCCGCUCAGAGCGGAGCGGCUGGCACGAGCGCCGACGGCGCUUCGCUGCGCAAGAUACAGCUCCAGCAACUGUCGUUGCGGCGCGGGCCGGCCGGGCGGGCGCAGCGCAGGCGGCCGCGGCGCAGGCCACGGGCGCACCGCCCGCCUCCGCUGCCUCGCACGUCGUGGUGGCGCACAUCGCCGCGCCCGCCGCGCACUCCGCCGCACACGCCGCCGCCUCGCACGCAUCCGCGCACACCGCUGCGCACACCAUCGCGCACGCCGCUGCGCACCCCGCCUCGCACCCCGCCUCGCACCCCGCCUCGCACCCCGCCUCGCCCGCGCCGAGACCACCGGAAUCCCGACAAUAAACUCUAA